UGAUUUCGAAGGACGCGAUGGUGAACUUGUCCCGGUUAUGGUAAAGGUGCGAACAGCAGAAGUGGGUUCCAUGGAAACUGUGUAUACAAUCGCACAGAGCGGGUGUUCGUGUAUGCUUUCAGUGAUGGAAUUUGUUGCUUCAUCCGAUGUGUUCCGAUGCCGCAGUUUCUAAGGGUACCUUAGAAUGGAGGUGAACCGAAAGCUUGAGAAAUUCUAUUACUUCGAAUAACACUCUGGUGAUGGUGUGAUAAUUGCACUGUGGCGUUCGGAUGCAAAGGAUUGUUUGGCCGAAAACAAAUAUUAGAAAAAGUGGAAGUUAUUACUUCUGAGUAAUUGUUCUGAAGGCACAUGUGGCCUCGACCCGGAAGAAAAUGAAUUACGUUAGGCGAUAAUGCUGUGAGUAAUCACAAGUGGUUUGGCCUGUGAAGUAUACUUCCGUGCAAUCGAAUCAAAAGUAUAUAAGUGCACGCCAGUGGAUAAGUGCUUACAACAAAAGAAAGAACCUCACAUUGAAUGCUUGAUUGCGCAAAAAUCAUAUGCAUGGAAAGCUGAACGAAAAUGUUUGCUAUAUGUUGAUUGCUGGUGCCCCAAAUCCUGCGUAAACAGUGUAUGCACAUCUACCUGGAUUUAUUUGUGCCGGAGUAUCCCACAUGCACAAUCGUUCACAAGUACCAGAAGACGGACGAGGAAAUCAGAUUAUACCAUAAAAUCAUCACCUCAGAGCGAGCGCGGGAGUAAAUAGCAAAGUUCGAAUGGAAACCCUUGCCCACACAAGAUGUAGAUUCAUCCCAUCGACGAGAGUUUUGGGAAACGACUCUUUAAUGCUCUUGCUCUCCUUCAUUCCACACCAGGGGAAGGAUUAGUUUACUGAACUGUGAAACUGGUGGAGGAAACCACUUUUAGGGAAGAGUUCCCCGGCGCUGGCUGUUUCCUUCCAGCUAUUUCUGCAUUGUGCAUACAGUCAUCCAGCAGCAACUAGGAAAACUUUUCGUCCUAAUACCAGCAGUAAAUUCUAACAAAUUCUCAUUGAUCCCGGAUCCCUGUGCCGAAAGCGUGAACAGCGGCAGCGUCAGUGGCAAAUGAUAAUGACGAUGAGCCCGACGACACCAUCCGUAGUAGUAGUAGUAGUACAAGUUGCAGCUGCGAUUUAAAAAGCAAAACGUUGUAUCGGAACUCGGCAGGAAAAGUUUCACAUCGGGAAUGAAGUUCGAAUGAAACCAGCUCGAGAGUAGCAGUGUUCCGUGGCCAUCGUCAAACGGUGCAACCAGUAUAUUGUAUGCGGCCCAGCAGUGCGACUGUGGAUAGCCAGCUUAGCCGGAACUUUUACCGCACUAUCAAUUUCAGCGGAACUCUAGCGAUGUCACUGGUCUCCGGGCCCUAGUGGCUAUAUCAACUUUUUUGCCGCGUGUUGUGUCGCCAUGGUCGCGCAUCGUCUGUUGACCAGAAUCAAAACGCAACGUGGCGAGGACGAGAAAAAUGUUAAGAAAAACACGCGGUGGCGAUCUGCCCGAUGAGUGUUUCAGUUUUUCUUGUUACAGAUUGUAACAGGUGACACUUCCGAAUGGAUGUCACACAGGUAUUGCGGAGAAUCCGGGUUUGCGACAAACGAUAAAGUGAAUUUUCGCGUUUUCCCUUCCGAAGAAUUCAAUAAGACCAGAGCGUAUGGAAUUCAUGCGAAAGGAGAAAAAAAAAAUACGUAAAAUAGAUUGGAAAUCCUUGUAAAACCUACUACUCUCUGUGAAAGGAGUACGUGUGACUGAAAUGCAGGGAAGCACAGCUUCUGUGAAUCUGGUGAGUGAAAAGUGUUGUUUAUUUAAGCUGAAUUUACAUAAAAAUCGAAUCAUGAGAAGCGCCAGUAGUACUACGCUCGUCCCCGGCCAGGGUUCACACCGUGGCGUAACAAGACGAGACCACCCUUCAUAAUGUCGACUCUCCGAAAUUACGCGCGGAUUCAAUGGUGCGAAACGAACAUGUCGAAUGAACAUCCUUACAUGCUUAAGUGGAGGCAAAUAACGUGGUCUGGUGACAAUCAGUGGAUCGGAUAAAUUGUUUUCGCGGCUCGGGCGAAGCGGGGUGGAACGAACUGAAACUGCAUAGCGCUAACACGUAACGAAGAGAGAGGACUCGCGAGUGAAAAAGCACAAGUCAACAUCAGCGAUUCAACUACAGACUUACAAACGGCGCGGCGCGGGUGAAAAAGCUGCCAACAAUGGAGAUUGUUUACAUGCAAAUUGCAAUGGUGUUCACACUGAUAAUAAAAUGUUUGCAUGGUUCUUUGUCUACUACUCUGCAAGAAGUAAGUUCCCAGCAGCAGCCUGCCGACCCGGAACCCGAGUUUGAAGGGGUAAUUCAGAACGUAACCUUUCCGGCUGGACGUGAAGCGGUGUUGACGUGUUCGGUGAAAAAUUUGGGCCACUUUAAAGUUGGCUGGUUGCGUGCUUCUGACCAAACGGUGCUGGCUCUGCAAGGGCGCGUCGUUACACACAAUUCCCGUAUCAGUGUGGUGCACGAGGAUAUGCGAACUUGGCGUCUGCGAAUCCGGCAGCUCCGCGAAUCGGACCGUGGCUGCUAUAUGUGCCAGAUCAACACCAGCCCGAUGAAAAAACAAAUUGGGUGCAUUGAUGUUCAAGUCCCCCCGGACAUAAUCAACGAGGAGUCAUCAGCAGAUAUUGCCGUACAGGAGGGUGAAGACGCGACCAUUGUGUGUAAAGCGGUGGGUCAUCCUACGCCCCGCGUCACCUGGAAACGAGAGGACGGCGAAUAUAUGCUGCUACGGAAACCGCAGAGUCGGGAGCUGAUGAGACUGGAAGCAUACAAUGGCACCCAUUUGCACCUGCCAAAGCUGGAGCGAAGACAAAUGGGGGCAUAUCUCUGCAUAGCUUCGAACGACGUUCCUCCAGCCGUUAGUAAACGAGUUUCGCUCAGCGUGCACUUUGCGCCAUCGGUGCGUCCAACAAGUCAACUGCUGGGAGCCCCGCUGGGUUCCGAUGUGCAAUUGGAGUGUUCCGUGGAAGCAUCACCUAUGCCUGUGUCGUACUGGCUAAAAGGCGGCCACGUACUGCCGUCCAACUUCGCAGGAAUUACCAACGGCAACUACGAGCAGGGUCGAACGAGACCGGAAAUGCUACUCGAUGGCCCAAAAUACGGGAUCACAGAAGAGCAACACGGAUUCCGAACGAAUAUGCGCCUCGUGGUGCGUUAUUUUUCGCCGAAUGAUGUCGGCACCUACCAUUGCGUGAGUACCAAUUCGCUGGGAAGAGCGGACGGUACAAUGAGACUGUAUGAAAUAAAAAUUCAUCCGGGCGGAGUACAAACAAGCGACGAUCAAUUAAAUAUAAUUGGAGGACUAGCGGAAGCUGCCCGAGGACGGGGCAACUCGAGUGCCAAUUCGUUAGUGACUAGUGGGACAACGCUGUACAUCAUGCUCGCCAUAUUCUUGAUAGCAAAUUCCCUGCUAUCGAUCGCUAGAUGACAACAGCCGUGACGCGCAGAACUAAGUUACCCGGCCGGCCGGAGAGUGGUGUAGACUAGAAGAACUGCGAGCAAAAAGCCAAAAUGGAUAAAAAUGGGAAUUUGCAAUUUGCUGCUGAUUGACGAGAGAUUGGAUGCUCGAGGAUAUGGGUAUGAUUGCGUUAAUAUAAUAUGUGAUACACAAUUAAAACAAUAAUAAUUAUAUGAUGGGAUCGGGUAUUUAUAAGUAAUGAUAGCUUAAUGAUAAAAAUCAUUCUCCUUCUCUGUGCGUAAAUAAACAUAGUGAAUGACGAAAAUGCUUGUAGCAAGAGCAUUGUAAUUACAGUUCAGAAGUCGCAUAUUAUACAUACAUACAUACAACUUACCCUGUAAUGCUUAUAUACUCAUACCAACGGCGAAUCUCAUACACAUCAACGAAACUUAAAACUGUAGGAAAAGUUUAAGCUAAAAUCAUCAUGCAUAAUCAGCUGAAAAUAGUAGACUGAAAAUAAAUGUGGCGCAUAGAAAGAGGAAAGUCAAACAAGAGGAUUUUAGGGGAUUAUAAAUCGCUAAGUGAAAAGCGGUGAAAGCGUGUACUGAAAACUAUGGUAUGGUAUGCACUCGUUCUCUUUGCCCUCGCCGGAAUGCACGUUGUAGCUAUGGAAAUUUUUUAAAGCUCUAUAAUGGCGUUGAGUGAUGAAACGAUGAAUCAAAUUUGAUUAUAAUGCAUCCAUCAGAAUGCACUAAAGCUAGUUAUUGCUAAAAGGAAUAAAUGCGUUGUGAUGUCCAGAUACGAAGCAUAAAAAAAAAAAGGAAAAUUGCUUUCUCCUGCGUGGAACCAACCGAAAAGAACUCGCUGCUCCUGUGAGCAGUGCUGUUUGUAUUGCCAUGGGGAGUGAUGGAAAAAUAAGUUUCAAAGAAAGUACAAGAUUAUAGAAAAAUGCUCGUUGUGAAAAUUAAUGACACCGUCAAGGCAGGAGAGAUCGUACGCGGCAACACCAUUAGCGUCAACAACGGCAGCGGAGAUAAUUGUGCGAAGUGCAGGUUGCACAUUAGACGUUGGGUUUAUUCGUGCUCAUAAAUCGUACAUCAAUUUGGCAAAUUAUUCUUCAAAAUACUGAGAUUGAGCAAUGUGAACACAUUUUCCGGAUUGUGAAUACACACAUAAAAACAACGCCCGAAUAGAACGAAAGCAACUAACGGUGAGUCAAGUCAGGUGCCGAACCUUCACAACUGUCCUUCAUCAUGUCCGAUUGAGCUGAAACUUUGCACAGUUCAUUUUUUUGGGCCAAUAAACAAAUUGUACAUGGUCGGUUUUUGAAAUUCGAUAAUUAUUAUUUUUCCAUACCUUCAUUGCCUCUCAGGCUCAGGCUCAGUCCCAAAAGGUCGAUUAUCGGCCAAACAUUUUUUUCGAGAUGAUCAGAUCUCGACGUUUCAUGCAUUUUUAAGUCAUUUGGCAUCGAAAAUAAAAUUUCGAUUUUUCAAAUUUCCUUUACCCCUUGGAAGAUUUUCGAGGAUCAAAAAAUCAAAACUUUGAGCGCUUCGAGGCACCCCUAAAUCAUAUCCGAUCGAGCUGAAACUUUUCACAAGUCAUUUUUUGGGCCAUUAAACAAAUUGUACAUGGUCGGUUUUUGAAACUCGAUGAUGAUUUUUUUUCAUACAUCCAUUGCCACCCUAAUGUACAUGUUAACUUAUAUUCUAAGAAAUACAAUCAUCAAUAUCUCCACUUUACUCAAAGUUAUUGAUAUUUCUUCCCAAAAAACAUGCUCUUUUCAUUUGUUUGUCAUUCUUUCUGGGGCAAACGUAAACAAAGUUUAUUAGCGGCAUUUGAAAGAGCAUAUUUCACUCUACAUGAUGUGUGAUUUUCAAAACCAUGUUAUUUUUUGUGUUUGAGUAAAAUAAAAUUUAAAGUUUUUGGGUAAAGAACCAUCAAUAACUUUUAGUAGGAUUAAGAUAUAGACAAGUUCUGCAUCGCAAAAUGUUGGUAUCGAUAAGCUCUAAAAGUCGUACGAAGACAGUUUGAUGUAGAAUUUGAAACAUAAAAGUUAAAGCAGAAAAAACACGUUUUUUCAUGGUCACCCUAAUGCAACUUAGAAAAAAAGCGUUAAAUCAAUUAUUUUAAAAGAUAUAAAAAAGCUUUGUUCUACAAAGUUGUUUCAAAUAACUGGGGCUACAACAUUGUUGAACUAUGUUUAUCUCUAUCUAUAAAGAUAAGUAUGUUAGAUUUUUCAUUUCAUCGACAAUUUUGGUCACCCUAUUUUUGAUAGCAUAAAAAUGAGCGCUCAUAUGUAACAAUUUAGUCUAAAACAGUUUUUGUCUAAACAAUAAAUAUCUCUCACAAAGUUGCUUUAAGCGCCUCCUAUCUGACUAUGAAAAAACGGGUUUUUUUACUCUAACUUUUAUACUUAAAAUUCCACAUCAAAAUGGUCUUUGUACGACUUUUAGAGCUUAUCAAUACAAACAUUUUGCGAUAUCUUAAUCCUGUUCAAAGUUAUUGAUGGCUUUUCAUCCAAAAACUCAUGAUUUCAAUUUUAAUUUACUCAAACACAAAAAAUAACACAGUUUCGAAAAUCACAUAUCACAUAGAGUGAAAUCAAAUGUAAUAUUUCAUCAACAAUUUUGGUCACCCUAUUUUUGACAACAUAAAAACGAUCGCUCUAUCAUGAGUAACAACUUUGUCUAAGACAGUUUUUGUCUAGAGAAUAACUGUCAAGCUCUAAAUGCUAAUUUCCACUUAAAUGCAUCUCCUGGACCAUUGUGCAAUUGAAUGCAAAUAGAAUAAAAAUGUCUAUAUUUACCUGCAUCAAAGAACUCUUAUCUAUCGCGUCGCCGUUCCGGAGAGUGUUACCUGGAAGAAAACUUACCACUUGUACUGCAUAUUUAUCUGUUCAGAUGAAUAAAAAUGAAUUUAAUGUCACAAAAUGUCAUAUGUUUUAUUACAUUUGAUUUGAAAUAAAGACCUCUAAAACACUUGUUCAACAUUUUUAUUAUUAUUAUUAUUUUUUUGAGAAGGACUUUCAGCCCUGAAAUAGAAAUAAACCUCAUUUCAAAAAAUUAUUGAAAAAGUUUUUGUUAGAAAAACUUUUUUGCCUUAAAUAUGCACAAGUUGCGAUGUAUGGAAGAGUUGUAGUGCACAUAUUUAUCUACCAUUUUUCUGGAUUUCAAAAAAUAUUGUUCUAGUAAAUCAGAUCUCUACUGUCAACAAACGGACCGUUUGAACCUAGUGAUUGACCAGGUCCAGAAUUGGCGAAAAGAAGAUGCGUUGUGUUCCAUCAAGACAACGCAAGGCCACCCAACUCCGAGAACUUGAUUAGAAUUUUUUAAUGCAUCUACCAUAUAGUCCGGAUCUGGCGAUUACCACUUUUUUCUCGCAUUGCAAAUAAUCCAGAGUGAUGAGAAAUGGGGAUCAAUAGAAGAUUGUAAAAAUCUAUUGCUAGAGUUUUUCGCCAAUAAGGACCAAGACUUCUAUGAUAGGGACAUUGUGAAGCUUACUUUAGAAAGGCAAGAACAACAAAACGGUGCAUAUUUGGCCCAAAUCGGACAAUCCGAAGCAUAUUAAAAAUAGUUUUGAAGUUCUCCCAAAAAAAAAAUUCCGCAACCUAAUAUGUCGAUUUUCUUGUUUUUAAACUUUUUUCCACGGAAAAACGGUUAUUGAGCAAUACAAAUUUCAACAAUUUUCCGGUUUUCGGUAACGGAAAACCCGUAUUUUAUGCUGUUAGCGAGAGUGUUCAUGAUUGAAACAUAACGUUUUUAUUUUCUCGAAACUCUGAUAUUUCAAAUGAAAACCAACUAAAAUGUUGCUGUACAAUCGUGAUAAGCUCGCAGAGCUAGCAGAAGUAGAUUUUCUCACUUAGGUUUGUUGAGUAAAUCGGCCCCGGUUGUGCAAUUUUGAAAUCCCGGCAGCUCAUUCCAUAGCUAUACUGCAUUCAGUCGUUGGGUAGCUUCAUUAAAAAAAGUAGACUAAGUAAAGUUUCUGUAAAUGCAUAAGGUAAACAGGCAAAAUAAACACUGAUUCAGUGAAGAAACGAGAAAGUAAAGAAAAAAAGUGUACAUACAAAAAAGGAGCUAAUAAUUUAUGACUUAAUUUUAUAUGAAAAGGGAGUGUAAUUAAUAAUGGAAAUUAAUGGUGUCUACGCUACAGCUUGUACAAUUAAUGCAAUUUCUCUCCGGCGUCGGCAGCCGGGAAUUCGCUUACAUCACUCUUGCUCUAACCGAUCACUACUAAGUACAAACUGCCGCUCGCGUGAAGCUGUGAAUUUUCGCGUUGUCGCCAAUCUGCCACGUGGGGGAGAGAGACAGAGAGCGCUGAGGAGGCAACAGCUAAAUGCGAUGAUUAAAGGAAAUGUGCACGGGAUGUUCAAUGGAAACACACCCACACACAGCUAAACAAACAACGAAACAUGAUGGCAUUGUGACUAAUUUGAAUCAAUUUACAAUCUGCGGGUGCUGCUGAUUAGGUUAUCUCGAGGUUUGCAUAUUUACUAAUUAGCAGCGUUAAUUCCAGAGAAACGGCUUGUAGUAUUGGAAAAUGUUUUUGAAAACAUUGACAUUGCAAAUGUGUUUCAUUUGUACCAAUCAUCCCUAUCGGAAACCUAUACUCAUACAAGAUAUGGGAAUGGAGUUUCAUCAAUAAAUCCCAUUUGCUGAAUAUUCACGCUAAGUACGUAUUUUCACCGUGUUCUAUGUGCUAAUGAACAUGAUAGUAAUGAUAUUGAUACCAAGAACCUAUAACCAUUUUAAAAGUUAUCGGAAUAUGUCGGAAAUCGAAAACUCAGCACAUCAAAAUUUAAUGAAUUCAUUCAACGGAACAACAUAAUGUGAGGAAGCUCAAAUGAAACUUUAGUGCAAAUCGAAUAUUUCUAUAAACAUAAGUGUUCCGUCCCAAAAGUUAAAGUUGAUCCCUGCAAAAACAAAUUUUACCGUCCAAAUUACCGCUGCUGCAUUCACGCUUCCUAUCCUUUCACAAUCCUCACCCUGUUGAUGUAAAAAUAUUUUCACUGCCCCAAAUUUCGAUCCGGAGAGCAGCAAAAAGUGAAGAAAAUCACAAACCCUCUGAACCGCUCUCGAUUAGGUUGGAAACUUUUGCAUGCUUCCACUUGAAUUAUCCUCCAACAAAAUGAGGAAGAAAAUUCGUAGAACUUCCGGAGAGAUUGUUAUAGAAUUUUCGAAACAGAUUUCAAGCACCAUUUUAUUUUUGUUAGUUACAACGUUUUGAUAACUGUUUAGUUGAAUAUACGCGAUAAUUUGAUUUGUUAGGGGUUUUCAUUCAAUAUUGACCUGGAGGAAAGGGUUGACAACAUGUCUAGUUCAGGAAAUCAUUUGAUGUUUUAUGUUUAAUAGGGACGCUACAAAUUUACCAAAAAAAAAAUCCGAAUGAUACCCGGAAGACAACAUUUUUGACGUAAGACUACCCCUAUUUCAAUGUUUUGGGUAAACAAAAUGUUUACUCUAAACAACGGUCAGCCAAUAAAAUAUGUUAAAGCUGAGAAUUAAUUUGGAAAAAUUGUUACUGUGCCGAUUGUUUGCGCCACGCCAUUUUGCAUCGAGCGAGAGGUAUAAAUUGUUUUGCGCUGUGGUUCCAAAUUUUUUGCAGCAAUUACGAUUCGGCAGUCAUCCAGCUAGCAAUCGAUUGCCGGGAGCGGGAAAGAUAUCAAAAUUGCUUUUCUCAAGGCUGAGAGUCUAGGUAAAGUUUUUUAAGUUGGCCUUUUCAAGGCUAGGAGCGAAUGAACUGCAAAAAUUUGAAGCUGUAUAACUCCACAUUCUAUAUUUCUUCAAUUUUUAGUUUUACUCUAGAAAUCGAUCAGCCAACUGUACCGUCACUGUGUUCUUCAGUUAUAAAUGGAGGUGAAAUUUUGUUCCGUUGCGGUUGCUGUCGCCGCCGUCACUACCACACAAACGAAUCGUUUGGGAUUUUUUGUUGUCGUUCUGCUACACAGUAUGAUUUAUUGAUUACUUCUUUGGGAAUGUACGAGGAAGGUCCGAUAAGUACUUAGCCUCAUCGCCCUCAUCGUCCGAUGGUGUCAGUAUCACAAGAGAGAUUACUUAUCGUGUAGUACAUUCUCGUAAACGGCUACUGUCAAAAUUUCAGCCGAAUCGGACUCGUAGUUUUGUUUUGAUCGUGUGUGGAAGCUGGCGUGUUCGCGGAUUUUAGAAAAAUGGAAAAAAUGGAAAUUCCGCCUUCGCCAUGGCCAAAUUGGUCGAAUUGCAAUACGAACCGCUGCCCCAUCUACCGUAUUCUCCAGAUUUGGCCCCGUGCGGCUUUUUUUGUUUCCAAACUUGAAAAAGUUACUCGCCGGGCAGAAAAUUGAGCCGAAUGAGGACGUAUCGCCGCCACGGAGGCCAACUUGGCAGACCUCGAGAAAACGUAUUUUUCAGAUGAAUUAAAGAAGUGGGAGCAUCGCUGGGUCAAGUGUACCGAGCUAAAAGGAGACUAUGUUGAGAAAUAAAUCGACACUUUUCCAAAUUUUUUGUUUUUUUUUUGUAUGCUAAGUACAUAUCGGACUGCUCUCGUAUUUUGAGAACGUUGUAGAUGUAGUUUUGCUAAGAGAUACUGAAAAAAACUAUUUAAAUAUUUCAUAAGUUAUUUUAAUCCACGAACUAAUGAAUUAUUGAAUUAAUUCUCGAGAACGGUUACCUCUAGAAUCAUAAUCCUCAAAUAGUUUUAAUGAAAAAUAGAAUGUCCAAGUGUCCAAAACAUUAUCUACAUAGAAUUACAAAAUUAUUGCCGCCAUCAUAGAAAUUUACGAAUGAAUUCUUAAGCACAAAUAUUUGGUAGCGCUGCCUGUGGUCGAUGAACGAAUACUUACGCUGAGCAGUGCGAACUAUUUGCAAAGCAAUAAAAAGUCAAUUUGAGCAAAUUUUCAAAUCAACUCGCAGCAUUUUCAUGUGCUGUAGAUUGCUCGCAGUCUAGAACGACACUAAAACACUGAUCUUAUUGAAUAUCCAAGUAGUUUUCAGUAUGUCUUAGCAAAAUUACAUCUCUAACGCUCCCAAAAACGCAAUUCCCCAAAGAAAUAAUCCACUAACUCUGCUAUUCAGCAUCUUUUGACAAACGGCAACAGAAAAUUCGUUUCGAAUCGGUUGUGUGGUUGGGACAUUGACGACAGCAACCGAUGCGGAAAAUUUCACCUUCAGUUUUUACCGAAAAACACAGCACUCAUGGAUGGAAAAUAUCUUCUUCAUAUUCAGCUUGAAAUGCGCUGUACUUUGACGCACUUUCCACCAGGAAACAAUGCUUGAAUUCACGAAAAUUUGAUCGAUCGGAAAAAGUCAGCAAUGAGUAAGAACCCACUUUUGAAUUCUCCCUGGCAAGAAUUUAUGAGAAUCAAUUCGAACUGCAUUCGAAUGCAUCGUCAAGUGUACGAUAUUUGAAAUAACACUUGUCGCACUGAGUGAGUAUUUUCAACAGUGCAACUAUUUCUUUUAUUUUUCCAGAAAGUAUAUUCAUUUUUAACAACUUUAUUGCACACUUUAAUAAUAACAUUGAGCUGGCUUUCGACCUAUGAUUUUUUAACGAAAAGUUCAAUGUUUGUGGGAAUGCCCUUUCAAAAAUCGGGCGCUAUUAGAAUUGGUAUGAAAUGUUAGAAGAAAACUUUUAUUUGAAGCGACAACACACGUAUAACGUUUAGAAAAUCGUUUUUUUUCUAUCCCAUUUGUUGAUUUAUUUAGGCUCAUUGACAUUUUAGAUGCAACAUAGCUGGAUUUUAAUCGUGUACAUGUUACAUGUUUUAUCGUAUCUAUAAAUUGUACAUCACACAGUAGCCAUUCAGGCGUAAGAGUAUUCCUUCUGUUCUUCCAUUGUUCAGUUAGACCGGACAGCGGAGACAGUUGAUAUAAUCAUUGUUGUGUUAUUAAUAGCACAACAGCCCGUUGUUUCUGGCAGAACAGAGCAGUUUCAUACAGAAGCUUGUAUGGAUGAAGAGAGGCCAGGACUCCGACCGUGAAAUAGCUAAAUAUGCUUAGUACCAUUAUAUUGUGUCCUACGCCGUGCCUGUCGUUUUGACCAAUGGAAACAUUGCAUACAGUUAUUAUUUUCUCGUUAGGUUGGUUUCGCGAUCAAACUGGAUGUUAUUCAAAAAAAGGCCAAGGAUAUCUUCAUAUCACAUGGCUAUGAAUAUAUUUUUACCGAUAGGAAAGUAAACAUCAUAUUGAAAAAGUGUAUUGCAUUAUUUUGGUGGAUUAUUUGGAGGAAAUUUGAAAAUUCCCAGGGGUCAAGGGGUGAGAAAGAACAAUAGCUUAAUGAUGGUAAAGACGCUCCUUUCAUUCACGUUCAUCCGUGUCAUUCUUCACACGGAAGCGAAGUUUCCGAACGUUAUUGUAAGAUCGAAUCGGAACAUUCAUUUAUAUUCAAAUUAAAAUUUUCGAGCAUAUUAUAUUCAAAUUAAAGUUUUAUUAUUAUUCUUUCGAAGUAAACUUACUGGAACUAAUGAAAGUUUUUACUAUAAGCCAGCAUGAGUAAUCGUUGGCCGACAUCGGUGUUAUAGUGGUAAGCGUGACUGCAAUACUUUCCCGUAUAUUUUUUGAAAUCUUUUUUUUAAGAUGAUCCGGGAUAAUCCAUUUUGGUGGAGUGAAAUGAGCACCCUCUCAAGAAGAAUAAGUUCCGAAUAAAAAUCAACCGAUCGAAAUAUUUUUUCGAAAAAGAAAAAACUUUUUAAACCAUUUCACUAUUUAUUUCCAACUUUCCUCUCCUUACACGAUUCCUUUUCCCUAUUCCAAUUCGUCUCUCGAAAACCUUCAACAAUGUUAAUUCAAUGCUAACGGCUUUGUUGCAACUUUGACGCCAGACAUCAAAAUGUCGAAUGCCGAAUGACGGUUAUAUUGAUGACUGCAUUGUUACGUUUGAUGAUGUUUGUUACUCUCAUAUAUACUUUUUAAAUUUUUGGUUGAUAUUUUUAGAAAGUACAAGCUGACCCUAAUGGACUGGGUUAGAAAGAUUGUUGUUCGUAAUCACGAAAGACGGGAUCCGACCAGUUCCUCAAAUACCGUGAAGAGAGCAGGGAAUAAGUUUUUUUUGCGAUAGAUGGUCUUGAUCGAGGGGAAACUGGCGAUUAUGGGAGAAUAACAUUUGUUUUCAACUUUGAAAAUCUUCGAGAAAUUCGCGGGUAUAGGUUGAGAGCUGGCUAACACCUUAAAAAAAACUGAAAGACUACAACAAGUAGAGGAGGUGUGUGUAAUGGACAACGGUCAAUGAAAAAAGAUGACCAAAGAUUUUAAGAAAUAAUCACUCAAUUUAUCCCCCUUCAUUCUAAUUUACUCUAUCUAGACCAGAGGUUAUUAAACUAUUUUGGGUGAGAGAAGCCUUUUCCAGAAUUAAAUCAUACCAUAGACUCAUAUAACCAAAUUUAUUUGAAAAUCCUAUAUUUAGUUUGUUUUUUUUACUGAAUAAUUAUCAAUUUAAAAGCAUUACAGUUAGUUAAAUGAGUAAACUUGACAUUAUGUUCUCAUGCAGGUGAUCUGGCGUAGUGGUAACAUCCGUACCUCUCACGCAAAAGUCACGAGUUUAAUGUUUACUCCCGACGUUCUUCCAAAAAAAUUGAAGUGAUGUAACAAACCAGCCAAAAGUGUUGAAAGUCACUAUGAUACAGAAAAAAAUAUUUUCUCAUCAUACUCAACAAAAUAAAUAGACAUAAAAUUUAGUAAAUAUCAAGUGUAAUUAAUAAUUAUUAAUACAAAUUACUCACAAACUAUAAAAACAUUCAAAUCGCAAACCUAUCUUUCCGCAACUACCAAAAUAUUAAAAUACGGUUCAAUAAUGGUUAGUUAAAACCAAGGCGCCUCUAUAUUUACCAGGUGAAACAAUCAUAUGAAAUGCACUUUCAGCCAUAUUGGAAUUGCUGUCGGUAUUGUUUACCGGCGGCCUACUAUGUUCGGCUUUCGCGAAUUUAUGUGAAAAAGAAGGGAUGAUUUCGUAGAAUUUCAUUCUCAUCCUGUUCAUCCACUAUACUCGAAUGUGAAAAUGCAAAAAUGGCGUAUCCUAUUUAGUAGUAACAAAACAAACAACCCCCGCUCCACAAACCGUAAUCCUCUUCUUAUUGAAGUGAUGAUGUUGCUUCACCUGUUAUACAUUGAUAUAAGCGCUUUGGUUAAAACCUUAAAUCUCCGCGUUCGUCGAUUUUCAAAUGGUUCCUUCGAUUUCGGUUUGUUUCUAACCACACUGAAGCCUUUUUCGACAAAGUAUGAUGAUGGAAAAACGAGAAGAUAUUUUUCAGCAAUGUACCACAUCGCAGGAUACUGUGUUUCAAUGUUGCUUUGUGACCAGAAAUUAUGACAUCCGUGGCUCAUUCCAUGGCUGUGAUAUAGUACGGAUUUAUUAUCCAUUAAGUAAUUCGAAAAUUUUGAAGAUCCUAAAACAUCUUAGUGAAAUCCUUGUGUAAUGCGUCCAAGUGAGGAGCGUAUGAGAAUAUAACAUUGUCUUAAAGCUUUUGUGAUAAUUUUGACACAUGCGGAAACUGUGAAUAUUCUUUUCUGCUUAAAUUUUGUUUUUGAAGUUUUGUCAGAAAGCCAGAUAUUGUUGAUAUUGUUGUCAAUCAAGUUGAAAUCGUCACCUUGCAGCUGAAACACACAUUCAAAAAAGCUGAAAAUCUUAGGAGCCUAUUGAUGGUUAGCGAACUCCAGCGUGUAGAAGUAACCGAGUGAAGAUUUCGUCGUUUUAUUCAUAUAGCUGAGGAAAUAAUCGAGUGUUCAAAGAAUUGCUUCGAAUUGAGUGCUAUCAAUAAUAACAUAUAGUAAAGACUGAUGCGAUCUAGGGCUCAGAUUUUUUGCUACCAACCAUAGAUGGUGCACCAUCAGUCACCAUGGAAUAGCUUUGUCGGUAGAAAAAAAAAGAUCUAUUCUCCUCUGGUAUCAGACUCCAUAUAUGUAGCAAAAAUCACUUCUUGGCACAUAUUUUCUUCUUUUAUAUACCGAACAUACCCUAACAACAGAUCUUCAUUGCUGGGUAAUGAAGACUCGUCCAACUGGAGAGAAAAUCUGUUGGUCUAUAAUAAAUUAAAUGACAUUUUUCCCUCUUCGUGACCUAUCUCGGAAGCUUGAUGGUUAGAGGAAAAUGUAUUCAAAAAGGCCUGGUUGAGAUAGCUUUUCAUCAACACCAAUCUACAGUCAGAAGUGCAAUAAGAUACUUCAGAAUCAUUUACUGCUGUUUUUGCAUUAAAAACACCGUGAUAAUAGGGUUAUUUGGCACCAAUUCAUAACAUCCGGAAAGUCAAGACAUGGUUUAUUGACAACAAGAACUUAUGAGGAGUGAUUGUACGAAUAGUAGAUGCAGCUUACAAGCAGUAUGAGUGAUUUGAAGAGCUUAAAUGAGCAGUAUCCUGUGCGUAGAACGUGAUACAUACUACAACAUGGUGUAACUUGGUCAAAACCACCCCGAAUGGGUUAUUUGAACUGAUUUAGAACUAAAGAUGACCUAACAAUCAACAUAUUUUAAUUCAUGUGAAAUUGACGUUAAUUUUGUAAAGGAGUGAGAGUUUUUCCACCUGGUUCUAUAUGAAACACUGGAAUUUUACUUUUUUGAUUGACACACAAUAAAGUUCAAAUGGCAAGUCUUUUAAAUGCAGAUAGUUAUUCUAUCCUACACUAUAUACUUCAAUUCAACCGACUUCUUACAUAUCUCUGGAAACUCAGAAAAAAUGAGUGGAUCUAUAGUUGUGAAACGCAAUAUAGUACAUUUUUCAUUAUUUUCAUUAUUAGAAAAAAACGGUCAAAAAUCGAACAUUUUUUUUAGUGAGGAGGUAAAGAAUUAUGCGUGUUUUCUUGUCCAAAUUUGUUUAAAUCAUUAUUGAAAUAGUAGGUACAUUAGGGUGCCAACGAAAAUGUUCAUCUUUAAUUUCAAAAAGUUACCUCAUAAAAAAUGUUUACCACCUCGAAAGAAAAAAACACCCUAUGCCAAAUAUUUGCUCAAUCAGACUUAAUGGAGAGUGGCACAAAGCGGAAAAAAAGUUGAGUUUUUUGAAAAUCGAAAAAUCACCCAAGGGGGGAGUAAAGUUUUUUUGAUGUCAAUUGGCUUAAAAUUGCAUGACACAUUGAGUCCCAGAGUGUCGAUUUUUGACAAAAAAUUUUUUUCGAGUUGACACUAGAUCUCGAUGCUUCAUGCAAUUUAAAGACAUUUAGCAUCAAAAGAUUUUUUUUGGAAACCCCAAUUUCCCGUGAUUUUUCGGUUAUCAAAAAAACUCAAAUUUUAACGUCUGCAACACUAAUAAAUGAAUUUCGAAUGAGCUAAUAUUCUGCAUAGGGUAUAUUAUCGUGCAAAUCGACAUUUCGCAAUGUCGCAUUUCGUUCCGAAUGAAAAAUCGAGAUAAUUAUUUUUAUUGGCACUUGAAACCAUACGUUUCAUGCAAUUUUAAGACAUUUGGCAUCAUUUUUUUUUUGAAAACCCUGAUUUCGUUCAUUCCCUCCUUGGGUGAUUUUUCGAUUUUCAAAAAACUCAAAUUUUGACCGCUUUGCGCCACUCCCCCUUAAGUCCGAUUGAGCUGAUAUUUAUCAGCUCUGAGGACGAGCCUCAUAUCAGUAAGUGAUUUAUGAUUUGAAUCUUCUUGUAUUGACAUUUCUACUUCUGCUGGGAUAUGCCAGCGAGCCCCUAGGGCUGUUUAGAGCAGUUUUUACGAGUCAGCAGUCUGUGGAUCUGGCGAACCAUUGCAGAGCACUGAACGAAGCUUUAUAUGGUAUGACUCUCAAAAAUUUGAGGAACCUGUCGUUUGAUUUUGCGGAAGCCACAUCCUCCAGCACGAAUUCAACCAAGUUGCAAAACUGGCAGGAAAGGAUUGGGUUUCUAGCUUCAUGAUGAACCAUCGUCUGUCUCUUCGAACCCCACAACAGCGCAACGAAGCAACAGCGCUCCAAGGCAAAGCGUCGGAAUCUUCAAACCUGGAAUCCAAGAUGAGGAAGAAAAAUAAACAAUUUCUUAAAAAUAACUCAAAAUGAAAUUCAAACGAAAAUUGUUUUUAUUUUCACCGUAUAUUCAAUUCAAUAUCGGUUAAGUUUCGUGUAUGUUUAUGUUUUCACAAUGAACUUCAAAUAAACAUUGUUUUUUUUCAACAAUGAGUUUUAACGCUCAAACACAUUAUCUUGCGCGAACCUGUUGAGGUUUUUUUACUCGCCAAAUUUUUCAUUUUGUACUUUUUGUACUUUUUUUCAUCUUGCGCACGCUCAUCGUCUUGUUGAGUUUUAAAAUGUACAGCAAUAAUACUUUUUACCAAUCUCUGAAAAAAAAAAUCUGAAAAUCGAGGAACGAUGACGCGGAUCGGACGUGUUCGUACGUGCUCUGUCUCUUUGUAUGGAGUACCGGUGUUUAAUUAGUGUUUCGGUUUAAAAACGCGUCUAUAUUAUGAAUAAAAGUGAGCUAUCCGCCUCGGUGCAUAGAAUUUCAGUGGAAUUAGCGUAAAUUCCCUGGAUAAUUAGGGAAAAAAUUGUAAUCGAACAGUGAAUGUUUUGACGAAAAAAUGCUUCCAUGUUUAGUGCAGUGGUGUGUGUUAUUCGGUCGGUUUCGUGUUAAAGCUUGUUACUCGUUCCGUCGCGUAUGCAUGUAUGUGUUUGUGUAAAAAAUAAGGUUUUUGCACUGUAGGUGUUCUCAUCGAAAGCAUGUUGUGCUAACGUAUCGAUAGUUUCGCGUUCCUUUCGUGCUUGUUUUAGAAUUUUAAACUUUCCAUACAACAUAUGUGCUGCAAUGUGUAUGCGUAUGCGAUUAACAUUAUGAUCCACACGUCUGAUAUACAGUGAUGGUUUUAUCACAGCAGCCCCGUCAUGCCACCGAAGUUAUGCCGGAAACCUAUAGAGCUAAGUUUAUUCAUUAUUUUAAUUUUUUUUUUUCAAAUUCAACCUCGAAGAUUUAAUUUAAAAAAAAAAAUCAUGAUGAAUGAAUGAAAAUGGCGACAUUUUCACCGUGUUUAAUUCAAAUCGCAUGUGAUGUAAAAAAAAGGAUAAGCAGAGAUUGUGCUGAGUGAGAAGAUAUCUUGAAUAAUUUGGUCAUUAUAAGUGUUUUUGUAAAUAUUCAUGUGCGAAGAUUUUUUCGGUUUCACAGACAGUUGAUUAAAAGUUUGCCUCGUCGUAUUCUGAUUACUUGCUUUGGAGGAGGUCGAAGGAAAAAAUCGCCAUGAUAGUCGUUGGGUCCGUUCGAUCGCAGCAGAGUUGCUGUAUGUUGGUAUUUUUUAUUUAAUUUUUCUAUUGAAGAACCAACUGUGCCCUUGCGUUUGUAUUUCAUCAGAGCAACCUAUUUAGCAGAAGCGUGUGAGCGGAUGCUUUUAUAUGAUAGGUGGUAGUGAGCGAAAUGAUGAUGAGUAGGAAAGUCGAAGGAAAUAUUGUGCACUACACAUACAACGUUCCGUUACCGCUCCGUCAUCUAUUCUCUUGGACUUAUUUUGCCGACGGCGAAUUUUCCGUUGCUGGUGUAUGUGAAUGUUUGCAUGAGAAUUGAAUGGAAGAAUAAUUGACACAACGGUACGUGACGUGACGUGAACGUGACGUGGAUGUUGUAUGUGAAUCGCACUUAUAUCUGGUGUUACCGGUAUUGUUUUAGUGUCAGUAGCAGCAGGGCGAACAAAAAGUUUGGCAUUUGCAUGACCGAUGCGACGGCCUGCUUUGUUUAUAUCGUGUCUUGCUUCAUCAUCGCCUCUCGCUCGCAUGCUGCCCUACGACUCUGUCUAUAUUACUUGCUGUGCUCUGAAUGUACGAACAUCUUAAACCUAAGACGAGAUCUGACAACUGGCUUCUGACUGUAUUUUUAGCUUUUUCUUCCAAAUGCGAGCAACAGGGAUGCCGAUCCAAGAAAUAUCAAGAUUUCCAAUUGUUAUAACAUAUUUGGGGAUCAUUUUAAAAGUUCUUCACAGUAUUGUUACAAUUUUACAUCACUAUUCACUAGAAAUCUCAACAGAAUAUUUACAGAAUUUCGAGAGGAACACGCUGAACAUCUCGGGCGUAGCAUGGUCUACAUCACUCAUUAUUGAUAUUUAUAUUUAUUUUGUCCAUUUAAUAUUAUCUAUUACUAAACACUAAACUUCUUCCUGGGACCGACACCGAUAUUGUGGAAACGCUCUUGAUGCGGGCUGAAUGGAAAGAGCAGUAAGAAAAAAAAUCGGGGCUCAACGUGCUAAUAGUAUGUCUUAUAUCUUCACAAACAUGUGAAAAUCUGUGGUAGUAUUUAUUUAUUUUUGAACAUAUUUAUUAAGAUGAAAAGAUAUAGAGGGUUUGGACCUCUGGGAGAAGAGAUAGUAAAAUCACUCUCACUCCCGCGGGUUCACCCCUAUUCCCAUUAACAGUUAAAUAACAAUUCAUAAAAAUAAUUCUUUCAUACAGCUACUGAUGUGACAAUAAUCGGAAGGCCGGAGUGCACUCAUAAUAUUCCACAUAUAAUAUUACUUAUUACUAAUUACUUUUACUAAUUGCUAAUUAAUUUUACUAACCAAUUACUUUUUCAGAUACAAUUUUCAUUAAGUUUUAUUAAUAGUAUAAACUAAUCGUAGUGAUAGUAAUAGUAAUAGUAAUAGUAAUAGUAAUAGUAAUAGUAAUAGUAAUAGUAAUAGUAAUAGUAAUAGUAAUAGUAAUAGUAAUAGUAAUAGUAAUAGUAAUAGUAAUAGUAAUAGUAAUAGUAAUAGUAAUAGUAAUAGUGAUAAUAAUAAUGUAGUAAUUUCUUUACUAAGUACUACUAAGUUAUUAAUAAUAACAAGCUACGCCAAUAGCACUGACUGAGUGUAUCCUAUGGCUUACCUUCCCUACUAAAACAUAUCCUAAAUUCCCGAGGUAUUUAUGAGAGGUCGUAGAGUUCUCUGCAUCUCUCUUAAGUAAAUAUCGAACUAACAUUCCUUCCCUUUCCUUAGCAGUUGCAAGGACGUGGCCAGGGCAAUUCUCAACUGUUGGAGAAAUCCUGCCUUCAUCUAAGAGAUAUUACCAAUCGUCAGUAACGGAUAAAGGCGAGUUUUUGACGUAACAGUUCUGAAUUCGUACCACCUACGAUAUUGUGCAACUUGCUCAAUGCUAAUGCUAAUGGGUCGACGAGGUCUGAAAAUCGACCUUGAAAGAAAAACGAAAAACAAUUUUCGUUUAUGUUGACCCCCGGGAAACCGAAAUCGACCCCAAGGGGUCAAUAUCGACCACUUUGAGAAACCCUGAUCUAGACGAUUGCGAAAUCAAUGACACAGAGAGAACACUGAGGCUCCUGCCUUGCUGAUGAAGGUUUCACAGUAUCGACACUUGGGUUGGAGGAUCCACAGCCCUUCGCUACAACAUUCGCUGGUAUUGAAUAGUCGAAAGGAUCCAAAUCUGGACCGCUUGGAGUCCAUAUGCCUCAUAUUAUUGGAAGGAAGGAAGGUAUUGAAUUAGAGAGACUUUAAACUCUGAGAGUUCAUUCGUCUCUAUAUUAUUGGAAAAAAAUAUUCUCGUGUUAAUCGAAGUUUUCUUGAAUCCAAGGAAGCCCUUGAUUCUUCAAAAUAUCCAUGUAGACGUUAGUGUUAACUAUUAAACCAGCUUUUAUGAAAACAGGAAGCAUCUUCAUUUUUCAGGGGUGGAAUAGGCCUAUCGGUUCGAGAAUUGUACACCGAAUCAAUUGGAAAAAGGUUUGCCAGCUUCUGGAUUGAUCUUACUGGAUUUCACUUCACUUUCUCCUUGACCGAUUCCACCACUUUUGCAGUGCGUGUGAACCUUGGUCGUCAACUAAGUGGUUUCCAUGGAAAUUGUCCAACAAGAAGAGAGCGUUUCACGUAAAGAACGAUAGCCAGAUGGUGUUUAAAGAUUACACAUAUACAAAAUAUGGGCCGUCUUGUCCCCACUAUAAGUCCGUUUCAUCCGUGCCAUAAAAAAUGUUCAACUUGUCGGUCUAAUUUAAUUUAUUCGUUAAAAAAUGUCUAAUUUAAUUCGGUUUUCGUAGCCACAUUGCUUGCACGUUCGCUUACUAAGCGAUCGAUAGUGAAUUUAAAACUCAGGGCCCUCAAUUGACCAUCUUUAUGUUAUUAUAGAAUAACUACUUACACGCAAUAAUCAUAAUCAUGGAGUCCGAUCCACGGUCGAAUGGAGAUCGAUUCAUCCAUACAACUGCUCUGCUCUGCCGGAAACAUCGGCCUGUUGUGCUAUCAAUAACACAACAUUGAUCAUAUCCACUGUCCCCGCUGUCUGGUCUAACUGAACAAUGGAAGAACAGACGAAAUACUCUUACGCUUAAAUGGCUACUGUGUGAUGUAUAAUUUAUAGAUACGUUAAAACAUGUAACAUACACAUGAUUAAAAUCGGGCUCUAUUAUAGCUAAACUGCUAAUGAGCCUGAAUAAAUAAACAAAUGGGAUGAAAAACAUUUUUUAAUUCAUGUUUCAAUUAUUCUUGAUAAAUUAGUUAUGUUGCCGUUGUCAAAUAUAAAAAAGUUUUCUUCUAAUUGGCAGCUAUGUAAUCAUCCAGCUUGAUUAGACGGAUCCAGUCGAAUUGAAUGAGGCAGUGAAAUAGUAAAAACUGCAUAAUUUUACGGAAUUAAGGUUCAUGGAAUCUCAACACAAUUUGUAUUUGGAUUAUCAUUAUGUUAACAUAAAAAACGAAGCGACAGAUUGGACUAGUAGUCUUAGGUUUUAGUGGGAGAAGUGAUGAUUUCAAAGCCUGUAGCAGAUGACAGAGUCAAAAUUCGAAUAAUGUUCAUAUCUAAUCGUAAUCUCUCAUACACACAAAACAGAAAAAACGAAGCAAACCGAAUCGAAACCAAACAACAGAAACACGUCAAAGCCCGCAAAAUGGCAACACAGAGAAACUAUGUACAUAUUAUAUAAAGUGUUACAAACUGUUUCAAUAAAUCAAA